CUAGUGCGGCUACAGGGGGAUGUCCCACCCUUUUUAAUACAAGCUGAGAACUCCGUGGAUUGUAUCGGCUCUACACAAGCAGGACUAACGUCCAAACUUUAGCAAGAUGACGACGCGGUCGGAGAGAGAAAAAGCCCAGAAACUGAAUGAGCAGCAUCAGGCCAUUCUGUCUAAACUGCUGAGAGAAGAAGACAACAAGUACUGUGCUGACUGUGAGGCAAAAGGACCUCGAUGGGCAUCAUGGAACCUGGGGGUGUUCAUGUGUAUCCGCUGUGCCGGCAUCCACCGUAACCUGGGCGUCCACAUCUCCAGAGUCAAAUCUGUCAAUCUGGACCAGUGGACACCUGAGCAGAUCCAGAGCAUGGUGGACAUGGGCAACACCAGGGCCAGACAGCUGUAUGAAGCCCACCUACCAGAGAACUUCAGACGGCCUCAAACAGACCAAGCAGUGGAGGUCUUCAUCCGGGACAAGUAUGAGAGGAAAAAGUACUUCGACAAGGAGGCCCUGGCCACAGCUCCACAGAAGUCAUCUGAAGCUGCUCCUCCCUCCACCUCUCCGUCCUCCCAGGCUGACAGGAGCAGACAGGAGAAGGAGCGUGAGAAGAAAAAAGAGGAGAAGAAGAAAGAGAAGGAUGUUGAUAAAGGGGAGAGACACAACAACACAAAGCAGUCAGAGUGCCGAGCCAGUCCCAAGAAAAGCACAGAGUCAGCUGUGGACCUGCUGGGCCUGGAUGCUCCAGAGGGUGGUGGGAAGAGCCCGGGCAGUGGCGCACCAAUCAGUGAUGAACUGGACAUCUUUGGACCAAUGGUCUCCAACCCUCUCCCCUCAGCCAACAACACACAGCAGGCUCAGUCUGGUUCCAGUAUAGCACCUCAGCAGGCAGACCCCUCCACCUCCUCCUCCACCGCCUCCUCUACCUCCACCACUACCACCACGAAGGCGGAGGAGAAGAAGCUUUUAUCUAAAGACUCCAUCCUGUCUCUGUAUGCCAGCAGCUCAGUGGGCAGUCAGCCGCAGAGCCAGCAACAGCCUGCUCCAGGACAAGCAGGUAUGUACAUGGGCCAGCCUCAGAUGCCGUUCACCCCACAGGGCUUCACCCCCGGAAUGGGCGGAGCCAUCCCACCCGCCACCAUGAUGGGUGGAGGGGCCAUGAUGUCUGGCAUGGCUCUGCCUAAUGGGGGCUACAUGGGCAUGCAGCAGCAGGGCGUGAUGCCAGCAAACCAAGGACAGAACAUGUACAAUAUGCAGCAGGGACAGCAGCAAGGACAGUGGAAUAUGAGCCAGAUGACCCAGCAGAUGUCAGGCAUGGCUAUGAGCGGUGCGGGGCCGACGUCAGGAGUCCCCGCGGCCAGUUGGCCCGCGGCUCCACCGACGGCUUCCGGCCAGACCCUCAGCACUCAGCUGUGGAAGUGACGAGGACGGGGGUCCAGAGGAUGGGUAGGGGAAAACAUGGGGCAGUCACAUGGAAGCAAAACAGCCAAAGUUGCGUCCAACCGGGGCCCAUCUCCUCACAUCUCUGAAUAAAAAAACGCACAGCGGGGGCAGUUCGAUUGCCCUAAAUUCCCCUCCCAAACCCUACACACCUUCACCAUCGUUACUUUAAAAAGCCAACAUGACAUCACACUUGGCAAAAUGAAAAAAAAAGAAAAAAAGAGAAAGACUGGCAGCUGUUGUGUCCUGUCUUUAUUCGAUUUUCCUCUUCUUUUUUUGUUUUCCUUUUGUUGUUGUUGUCUGAAGAAAGAGACAAAAACAGCAUAAGAAAAAAGAAAGCUGCUGGACCAGUAACUCCAAGUCCUAUUAUAGUAAUAUUAUAUCAUUACCAAAAUGGAUAGUUCGUGCAUAGUCUUUCAGUACGUACAGUAGAUAUGGCUAUCUUGUGGUUGGUUUAUGCUACCCUGUCCUCACCCCUCCCUCUGCAGUAUAAAUUGUAACCCUCCCCCUCCCCCUCUCCCUCUCCCUCCCCCUCUCUCUGUAGGGCGAGCAGAGCCUCGUAGCAGAUAAUCGUCUGAGCAGUACUGUAUCUAUGUGAAUAUGAUGUGAAACCCCCCACUUUUCCAGAGCCAUAGGAGAGAGGUUGAUGCUUUGACUCUCAACAACUUUGGUUUGACUUGUACUUGUCACAUGGCACUCUGUGGCUGGGGGGGAUCUGGAGACAAGGUUCUCCCUUUACUUAAAAGCAUCCUGUGAACUAAGUUUAGCGUUGCUAAAUACCAUAGGGUUUGACUGACGUGGGUUUAAAGCUGCUUAUACAGUAGAUGUUACUUUGCACUGAUUCACUGAGUCAUUCUCACAUAAUUUGACCAUUUUAUCGCAAAGAAUUCUAAAACAUUCUGAGUAUUAAGUCAAACAGUGUCUCACCACAACCACUUGAGGUUAUAUUUUUUUUUCUCCCCCACAGCAGCCUGUGUAACACUGAUCUGCUCUGCAGUGAAGAUGUUAUACACCAGUGGUUCCUAACCUCAGGGCUGGGGGACACGAUACACCUGAGGAGUCGCAUCAAUGUAACUCUCACUGAAAGUUAUUAUUGAUAUUGAAUUGGAGCCGGGAAAUGAUUAGCCUAUCUUAGCGCAAACACUGGAAUCAGGGGAAACAGCUAGCCUGGCUCUCUCCAAAGUUUGAAAAUACACCUACCAGCACCUUUAAAGCUGACUCAUAAACAUGUUAUAUCUUGAUUGUACAAUCAAACAUCUGUACACAAAGAAAUUGUAGAUAGAACCUGAUUAACUGUUUCUCCUGCUUACAGUCCUUUAGCCAAGCUAAUUAAUAGCUUCCUGAGUCUCGCUCCAUACUUAACACACAAUAUUGAUCUUUUCAUCUCACCCUGCAAACAAACUAAUAAGCGUUUAUCCAAAAUAUCAUGAUCAUACACACAUGGCAGACCAAACAAAGUAACUGCACAUUGUUCACUCCACUCCCAUAGCUUCAAAAGCACAAAUCAGUGUGCUUUUUUCAGUCUAACACGUUUGCAGAUAUUUCCGUUGGAUUCAUUUAACUGGCGCUAGCAACGGUCCUGAAAACUGCAGUAUUCACUUCACACUUUAACAGACUGUCUUAAGUCAAGACAGUUAAGGCAGUCAGCCGGAUAUUUUAGAUCUACUGGAUAAACAAAAACUUGCCCAGCACUUGUUACAAAUAGAUAUUCCUUUGCUUAAAAGCCAAGAAAUGUUGGGAACCACUGAUGUGUAUAUUUAAGUUCACUGCACUGAAUGUGACAACACCAUCUGGCCAGUUCCUCAGUAUGGGUGCUUUUAUCAGGGAUGACUGUGUCCAACCCUGUUUCUCUAACUGCUAGCUGGUUAAAACCAACCCAAACCUCCCCUGGGUGUCUUUGGUAGCCUUGCUGUGAUGUGUUGAAGUGUUUUAAAACCAAAUGAGCUGGGUUCAGUAGAAACCGAGCUUUGACCCAGUUAAGACGGUUCCUUGUUGUUGAAAUGAGCCGUUUCCCCCUUCGCUCCCUGAGGCAAAUUAAAGCACGACUGGAAUCACAGCAGUUUGUCUCUUCUGCACUUUAACUGGCAGAGCAGGUACUGUAUCUCUCACUGUGUUGUGGUUUCGCCUCUCAGAUCGCUGUCGGGGAACGGCAGAGAUAAGUGAACUGUCACUUCACUUCCAACUGUGGGGUAGAAAAUCCAUUUAACUUUUUUUUUUUUAUUAUUAUUCUUUUCAAAACUGGGACCAGUGUGACACCCAAAAUGUUUCUCCUUCCAUAUAUGAUGCUAUAACCGCGUGUUCUGCCAUCCGCCAUCUUUAUUGUGAUGUUUUGUUGUGUGCAGUACAAGAAAAGCACAGUUAGUCAUAAGCAAAUAAACCUGGACGACCAAUCAGAGGGCUAGACUGGCAGGAGGAGGACAGUGUGGAGGGACAGGAUUGGACAGUGAUGGAGAAAGUGGGACCUGUAUGAAAUCACUGGAUGGGUCCCAUCAUCACUGUCCAGUCCUUGUUUAUUGGGAGUGAGAACAGAGGAGCAGGAGGAGAAAUGAAUAAAACACACACACACACACAUGCACACAGAGCUACGAUCACACUGCCGAGCGCCAACGCAGAGAUUCAUGUCCGUAAACACAGGGUCCCUCUGCCAUGCAAUAACUGUAGCACUCUGUUACACAUGUGGCCAGUGUGAACGACACAUAUUCAAUAAAUCUAACGUCCUCCAGGUUUAUUUCCGAUGUGUUUACAUUUUCUGGUGCCUAAUACAGAGAAAAAAAAGUGGUUUCCGUGCAUUAAAAUAAUAAAUACCAAGAAUAUUUUUUUUCUGUGUUCAUCUUUGUCCAGUGACUCUUUUAAUAGUACAAGUACUGUUUUAUCUUUUGGGAAUU